AUGGAUCGAUAUGGUUUAUUUGAACAUAUUCGACGACGGAUUUUAAACGAUGAAAAUAAGGCAAACAAUUGGAAGAGCCAUGGAGUUGAGAAAGCUGCAAAUAAACCUCGGAAAUUUCGCAUAACACACCACGAAAUACCAUCUACGAAGAAUAAAUUUGAAAAGAACGUGUUACGAAAGGCACAAAAUAUCCGCAGUUCUGCUGCAUUUAAGCAAUGCUGUAGGAGAUUGAGCGGUCAUGAUGAUGAAAAUUUUGAAAUUAUUACUAAGCCAUAUAGCUCCAUGCCAUCAUUAUACACUUCGAAAAGCGUUUCCCGAGAUGAAAAGAACAGUUGUGAAAAAAGUAUGAGACGUCCUCGCAAUAGAUAUUUUUCUACCGGUACCUUCGAUUCUGGAAGCUGGGCAUGCAAGUCGUCACUAACAUCUGCAGAAGAACCUCAAGUAACAAAAACUAUAGUUGACGUAAAUGGGUUUCUACGGGAUAGUAAAAAGAAUCCACAUUUGUUGCGGUCUACAGUAUUGCGUACCAGCAAUAAAGUGGAUGAAAUUGAGAAAGGCAGAGUUGUACAGUCUCAAAUUCCGAUAGUAAAAUCCAGUGAUACUUCCGAUUGGUCAGCAAAAAGCAAUAUGAUAUCGCAACAUAUAAAUUCGAAUAUCGAUGAGUGUGGGCCUAGCAGUUCUUGUGACGAAAUCAAUGUUAAAAUUAAGCAAUCGUUUAGCACUCUGAAUAACUUGGAGAACGAUAUCGAUGAGGCAGCACGCUUUUUGCAAGCAUCAUUUUCAAAUCGACUGUCGAUUUCUUCACAAUUCGAAUGCGAUAAAAUGAUUGACGACCCCUCGUCCAAAGAAUAUAUUUUGGAAAAGCAUCCUUACAACGAUCAUAUCUUUCCUAAGCAGGAUGCCAAAGGUGUAACACACGGGGAAACAUUGGGCUCUCGGCUGGAAGCUAGCAUUACUUAUGGAAAACAUGUUACUGAAAUGAACCAACAUCUUCGGGAUGUUCGAGGUGCUUUUAAUAGCCAACUUUUAUUAUGCGGACGUGAAGUCGAUGAUGGAAGGAAUUCACCAUCAAACGAAAGAUGUUUUGGUCAGCAGAGCAGCUUUUAUUCAACCGUACAACAGCGCAUGAAUAAGGCGCUUCAGCAUAAUUCACUUUCCAAUAAUGUAUCUUUUUGUGUUAAAGUUGAGCGUAUAUCACAGUUGUACCGUAUGUAUAAGUCGUCUCAGUAUUUGCUGAAGGAACGAAAUGAUGAUGCAGUCGAUUUACCCGUAUCGUCGUUCUCAAAAACUGAUUCAUCCCAGGAUACUAAUGGUAAUGAUGAUGAGGAUGAUGGGAAAAAUGAAGUACGAAGUGCUGAAACUGAAGUUACACCAAAAACGACUGUACAACAAGCAGAGAAUUCUGAUAUGGAACUGAUCAGUGAAUCAUCGCCGACAGACUCUAUUCUGAAUGACGUUAAUCGGAAUGAUGAAGUCAAUAGUUCACCGACAUACUCAUCCCAGGAAUUAUUGAAGCGUGAGCAUUAUGUAAGUAACACUGUGAAGGCUCUUCGACAAUUCUACAGUGAUAGUGUAUUGUAUUUUGUUGAGCUUCGUAAACUGUAUUCUCAGCGAAAGGUUGAAGAUUUGUGGAAAUUGGCGAGUGAAGAAGAAAGAAUAAAAGCGGCAUGUUUGCUGCUGAAACGAAAAUACAUCGAUUCGGUUCACGGUGCGAUGCCCUUGAAGAAUUUGGUGGAUUAUCAUUUGCAUGAGACGGCUCGAAUACAGCUACUCAAUCUUGAUUUACAGAAACAUUUGACAUUAUUGAGAGGUAGGAAAAAGGAUUCGAAUUUCGAAAAAUUCCGCCGAUAUUCGGAGAAAGUGCUUCUUUUUACGAAGAAUUUCGAAAAAAAUAAUUUGGCGAAUGAGUUAGAGAGAUGGGAAUUGAAAUUAAGAACGCGUUCACGGGGCUUUAAAAUUGACGGGGAUCGUGCUGCCAACAUUGACAAUACUCAGGCUUUAUUUUCAAAUCCUCUUCGAGUUGUUCGAAAUAUCCACGAAGUGAAAGUACGAAAUCCUGCGAGUUAUAACAAGAACUUGCAACAGUUGCGUGAAGAGUUAAAAUGGAAAAGAAAAGAAGCAGAUUUCCUGAAGAGGACAUUUGAUGAGAGAGUGAUGCGCAAUGAUCAGAGGCACGUACUUAUUGAGGAAAACUCAUUGAGGGCACAAAUCAACGCUCAUGUACGUUACAUUACGGAAACGGAAAAAGAUAUUGCACAACUGAUUAAGUUGCAAAAUGGGAAUGAUAACAAUGAAAAAUCGACUGUUUUGCCGGGCUACCCAAUAUCACCUUCGAGACUUACUUCGAUGAAAGUUUCUGCAGAAAGAACGUUUUCGGAUGGAGAUGAGGAAAACUCAUUGAGGGCACAAAUCAACGCUCAUGUACGUUACAUUACGGAAACGGAAAAAGAUAUUGCACAACUGAUUAAGUUGCAAAAUGGGAAUGAUAACAAUGAAAAAUCGACUGUUUUGCCGGGCUACCCAAUAUCACCUUCGAGACUUACUUCGAUGAAAGUUUCUGCAGAAAGAACGUUUUCGGAUGGAGAGUUUUCGGAAGCUGAUAAAAGUAGAACGACUUCUAGUGCUGAUGGUUACACCAUAAACAAAUCCUGUAGUUCAGAAAGGGAUCAUAAAAAGGGAAAUAUAGAAAGCUCCCAAUUUUCGAAGCUUCUAUUAGAAGAGGAAUCAGGAACUGAUAGUGUUUCUGAAAAAUAUAAAAACCUUCACUCACCUGGAAGAACACGUGGUACAUGUUCUUUCAUCGGUUUAUCUUCGAGCAACACUUUAACACCUUCAGAACGCCUCAGUGAACGAUCUCUUAAAUCAAACUAUGUUGAAGGAAGUUGCAGUGCUUCGAAUGAAACGCCAUUAUCCAAAGACAAUAAGUUACCCUGCUCACAGAAUGUUCCAACAGUUCUAAAAGAUCCUGCUUCCUUAACUAUCCAUUCACCAGGAAGUAAUCAUUCUAGUGAAUUAAUAUUCGGCGAAACUGUAAAUUUCAAACAGGAUACUUCGAAAGAGGCAUUAUUGAUAUCAGUUGUUGGUCGGUCUGAUGUAAGUUAUUCCCAAGUUGAAGAACAGGAGCAGUUGGCUGUUCAAUCGAACGAUAUAAUCGAUGGAAAUGAGAUAGCUACGGAUCGAUGUAAUUUGCCUUCCAAUAUUGUUGAUGAACAGUUUUUUACACCAUUACCAUCUGAUAUCGAGACCGACAAUGAGGAAAAGGGUGAUGAUGAAAUCGAAAAGGAAGGAAUUACUUCACAAGAAUCAUCAUCAAGUUUCCAUACGACCGUUCCAUCACCUACUCCGGAUGUACAAAUGGACAAUAAAUUAGCACAAACGUCACUGCUUAGUCCACCUCCAAAAUCGAGGCAGUUUAAACUUACGGUCAGUCCGCUUUCCUCAUCAAGAAGUCCUACACCAACCAGAUAUGCGGCAUCGAUGCCACGUGAAGAUAGUUCUAGAAGUACCACAAAUAGUUCUCGCACAUCUAAGACAGCAUCGAAUCGUUGUAUAUCACCUUUAUCUGCUUCUAUACUUGAAUCUUUGUUAGAAGAUUCUUUGACAACUAUGCUGAAAUUGGAACACAGUCAAGCGUUUGGUAGUCAAACGCUUGUGCUUCAUGAAGAAGAUAAUAAAUGCGCCGCCAAUUCAGCCGCAAUAUCCACGGAUAACUCAUGGCAAAGCGAUCAAAGUUACGAUUUAAAUAGAAUUCCAAUGCCCGAAGAUCUAAUACCUGGCCUUGAUUUGAGUGGUGUAAAUAACGCAGAAGUAGAAGCAGUUACUGAUGAGAAUGAUUUUCCUUCGAACUUGGAGGACAGCUCUGCAAAAAUAAGGGAUGUUCGACAGAUCAAGUCACCAGAACCCGCACCAUCAUCACAGUUCAGAUAUUAUCUAGGUGAUGAAGAGUGGGUUAUCGCAGAAAUCCACUCAGUUAGUGAGAAGAUAUGGAAUUUGAUUAGUUCAAAACAGCCCUUAGAAGUACUGGUCAAUGACAAUCAAAGUGGGAUUGCAUCGCAGGAAGUACAAAUAAGGCAAAUGAUCGCGGAUCGAUGCUGUGAAAUUGCGCAACGUUGUUUCAAAGAUGUUGGUCGCAGUCGAUACAUGGGACUAACAAAUAUUAAUUGUUCCCGACCUCGAAAUCUGUUGCAUCUAAAAAGCAUGCUUCAGAAACAACUUUCCAAAUAUUACGAAAGCAGCAAACGGGAUGCAAAGGAAAAAAAGCGUUGGGAAUUAUUAUCACGUGGCUGUAAUUCCGAUAUCGAAAAUAUCGUUCUGGAAGAGCUUUAUGCGGAACAGGAUAGUUGGGAAGAUGCAUUGGAAAAUUAUGAAGAUGAAAUCAAAGCUGAGCUAGCUUCUGAAUUAUGGCAUGAGCAGUUAGAUGAAUCGUUAUCAGUUACCAUUAAUAUUUGAUGUUUACUAUUAGUACUUGCAUUCUAUAUGCAGAAAGUUUUACUUGUUUUCUGUAAGAAGAUUUCUUACUGUGAUCUUUUGGGUUGUUUGAUCUUUGGUUCUCUGCCAUUCAAUGUACUUAAAAAUGAACUUUUGAAGUUCAUGCUAUCCAGUAGUCAUCAAGUUAUCCUAUUUAAUCCAUUCCGAUCAAACUAUUACUGGUUUAUGUUAACUGAACUGAACUCAGCAAAUACAUAGUGACAUCACCCUGCUUGUUUCUGAUGUUGCCCACUGUAUUUUAACAUAUCAAAUCACGUUAUUACUGCAUCGCAAACAAGAUAUGUUUGUUGCGGAUAAUUUCGAAAACUUAUGAUGACAGUAAUGUUAUUGAAAAUAUUUCUAGCAUUUUGACGAGAGUUUCACUUUUUUUAAUCUUUUUUCGUCCUCUGUUUUUUUUUAUGCUCAUGAAUUGACAAUAUGUCAUAUCAAUAUUCACAUAUUAUUCAUAU